AAAAGCCCUAAUUUCCUUAAUUCUUCCAAAUUCCCAAAUUGCUCGUUCUCAUCGUUCCAAUAAAUCAUCACUGAAUUGCAUUCUCAUAAUCAUCAUAUCAUCGUUGCUGUGGAUUUCAAGUCGAAGGGCAGUUUGAUGGAUUCAAAAAUCACUAAGAGCGCGUCUGCUUCGAAAGAUCCAUUCUUUUGCUUGAAAUGGCCAUGGGAUUCAAACAAUCAACCCAAAUCAUCAAGCCCCUGCGACUUUCAAGGACCGUGGCUCUUCAGAUCUAUGCAAAGUAUUGGCUCUAUUGCUCUCAGCUCCUUGACUUCACUUGGCCAAAAUCCAAACUUUAGACCAAAGAAGAAGGCUUUAAGCAGUAGUGAGCAAGGAGAAGCAGAGCAGAGGGCUUUUGCAGCUGCUUUAGCUAGCCAGAAAGAAGCCACAGUACUUGAAUUUUACUCACCUAAAUGCAGACUCUGCAAUUCGUUGCUCAACUUUGUUUUAGAGGUAGAGAAGAGAAACUCAAAUUGGCUCAGCAUUACAAUGGCAGACGCAGAGAAUGAGAAUUGGUUUCCUGAGCUUCUCCACUAUGAUGUAAAGUAUGUUCCUUGCUUUGUUUUGCUGGACAAAAAUGGACAAGCUUUGGCCAAGACAGGAGUUCCAAGUAGUCGUGCUCAUGUCAUUGCCGGUAUCUCUCAUCUUCUCAAGAUGAAGCGUCCACCGUCGGAUUAGUUGGUUGAUUCCACAUUUGGUGCCAACAAGUGUUUUUUAAAUCCCCAAGUUAUCGAAAAAGUCGUGGUUUGUUUGUUUUGGUACUUUAAUCGGAAUCAGAAUCAUGGUUCUAGAAUGUGCAAAAAUGAUUAAGGCAGAAAGAGGUUACUUUUUAGAAUGCCGUGGAGGAUUAUGGUAAUAUCCAAGCUGAUAUUGCGGAUGAUGCAGAAUGCUAUCAAACUUCCUGAAGGGAUCACACUCAAGGAGCUCAAUAUCACUAAGCUCACAGCACAGUUUGUUUUUGUUUUUGGGUCGAGUUUUCAGAAGGAUUUGAUGAAGAGUGUGUUUAUGGUUCUCAGUUUCAGUUUAUGAAGAAGUUCACUGAUAAUAGAUUCGAUUUUUUCUCUGAUGUAGCCUCUCACCACUGUGAAGAACCCACCACCACAGUUUGACGAGUCAGCACUUAUUCCAGAAGACCAAUUUAUUGCUCAACAUCCGGGGUCUUCUACGAUCAAGGUUUCUGUUCCAAACGUAGAUGAUGGGCAAGUCAUUGAGAUCACAGUGCAGUCUUUAUCCGAAAAUGUGGCAAGUUU